AUGUGUCUCAUCCACAGGGCUUGGAUUGUACAACGUCCGUUAUACAAUGUUCGCAAGAAAUUUGUCAAUGUUAAUGAAUUCCCUGCCGCCCGAAAUGUUGGUAGCAAAUUUGUAUGUCAUCGAUCGUUGUGUAUAUUUGUCAUGUGUGUACUUUUGCAAUUGAUUUCGAAUGCUGAUGCCAGAGGACCAUGUGAUGUUGAUCAAUUUGCCUGCAAAGAUGGUCGUUGCAUUCUAAAAACGAAAAUGUGUGAUGGCCGCUUUGAUUGUUCCGAUAAUUCAGAUGAAAUUGAUUGUGAUUAUAAAAUGUGCCGUAAACCCAAUUGGUUCCAAUGCAAGCUGCCGAACGGCCCCUGCCUGUCGUCCGAUCUUCUCUGCAAUGAUGUUGAAAAUUGUCCCGGCGGUGAAGAUGAACAACAUUGUGCACAUAAUGAACGUAGCGGUGCAUCCGAUUUUGGUAUCGGUGGUUGGUUAACCCUACAUCGAAAUUGUACACAAUUCGAAUACACUUGUAAAUCGGAUAAAUUAUGUAUUCCGUAUAAUUUUAUGUGUGAUGGUAAGGCGGAUUGUGUUGAUGAUUCGGAUGAAGUGGAUGGUUGUAUUCGUGCUCAGGCAAGUUGUACGGGUUUCUUUUGUGCAAAUAAACGCUGCCUGGAACGAAAGAAAUGGAUCUGUGAUGGCAUUGAUGAUUGUGGCGACGGCAGUGAUGAGAAAAAUUGUGCCGAAAAUUGCACUCCCGAAAUGGAUAAGUUUUUGUGCAGCAAUAAUAUCACCUGCAUACCCCUGGAAAAGGCCUGUAAUGGUGACAUAGAUUGUCCCGAUCGUACCGAUGAAUCAUUCCGUUGCAAUCAAACAGCCAACAAUUGUGCGACCAAAAAAUGUCCACCGGCAGCUACGUGUAAAAUGAUGCCACAAACGGGAGCCACAUGCGUAUGUCCCAAAGGUUUUAAACAUUCUCUGGCGCAGGAUAUUUGUGUAGAUGUGGAUGAGUGUGUCGAACAAUUUGGUGUUUGUAGUCAAAUGUGUGUCAACACCUUGGGUAGUUAUCGUUGCCAAUGUGAUGAAGGUUAUGCUCUAAAGGAGGACAAUCGAACCUGCGAAGCUAUCGGUGAAGAGGCUUUACUAUUGUAUACGACACAAGUGACCGUGAUGGGUGUUAAUUUGCGUUCGCGACGUGUCUAUACAGUGGCUAAGAAUCUGACUAAAGUGAUUGGUGUGUCAUACAAUGGUGAGCAUAUCUACUGGACCAAUAUACAAAAUGAAGGUGAAAGUAUUGUCAAGGCAAAUUCGGAUGGUAGUCAGCAGGAGGUGCUACUGACAUCCGGUUUAGAUGCUCCCGAAGAUUUGGCAGUAGACUGGUUAACUGGCAACAUUUAUUUCUCGGAUAAUGUUAUGCAUCACAUUGCUGUCUGCUCAAAUGAUGGCCGCUACUGCACUGUCCUGGUCACCGAUGAUGUUCAUCAACCGCGUGGCGUAGCCUUGUGGCCACAACGCUCCCAAAUCUUUUGGUCCGAUUGGGGUGUAAUACCAAUGAUCGCUCGUGCCUCCAUGGAUGGCAGAAAUUCCAUACGCCUAGUAACCGAUAAAAUCCAUUGGCCCAAUGGUGUCGCCUUGGACAUGUACAAUGACCGAGUGUAUUGGGUGGAUGCCAAGCUGGCGACCAUUGAAAGUGUACGCUCAGAUGGUCAAGAUCGUCGCACCGUGUUAGAAGACAUCUUAAAACACCCCUAUGGUUUGGCCAUAUUUGAAGAUAAACUUUAUUGGUCCGACUGGGGUACCAAGUCCAUACACUCAUGUAAUAAAUUCACCGGCAAAGAACAUUCAAUUAUUACCAAAGAUCGUACCAUUUAUGCCGUUCACAUUUAUCAUUCGUCGAAGCAGAAGAAAAUCGCCCAUGCCUGUGAACAGGCUCGAUGCUCUCAUUUAUGCCUGCUGGCGGAAAAGAAUAGCUACAGUUGUGCUUGUCCCGACGGCAUGCAAUUGGGACCGGAUCGUAUGCGUUGCAUUAAGACCCAUAAGAAACAGAGGCUAUUUUUAGGUGUUCGUAAUAAUCUCGUCGAAAUGGAGCACACAACAUUUGGUCGGCACACGGUAUCGGCUACACAUCAUUUGGAUUUUUUUAUACAUGAAAUGGCCUAUAAUCAUAUAAAUAAUACGGUCUUCAUUGCCGAUAAUUAUCAGCACGUAAUCGGUGAAUUUAAUAUACAGGGUCAAUAUUUAUCGAAAUUGGUGCGAGCGAAUUUGGGAAAUAUUACCGGUUUGGCAUUUGAUCACCUGUCUUAUUGCUUAUACUGGAGUGAUUCGGAGAGACAUGUUGUUGAAGUUUUCUCUCUGCAAACCAAACAACGAGCCAUUGUAUCAUUUUUCUCGGGCAUAGAGGUACCCAUUGGUCUGGCGGUAAUACCAGAUGAUGGCAUCAUGUUUAUUGCGUUAAGAUCCCGGCGGCAUGUUCAUAUCGAUCAAAAAUCUCUUAGCGGUCAAGGCGAACACACCCAUGCCUUCGAAGAUGAAUUGGGUGAUGAUGAUAUACGAUUUGCAACAGAUUUUGAGACAAAAACCCUCUAUUGGUCCGACAGUGAUUUCGGACGCAUUUCAUUUUCGGAUUAUCGUAAUUUAAGGGCCUACACUUUUCGUGGUCGGCUUAAACGUCCCUAUUCGAUAGCCAUCGUUGAUGAAGAUCUUUUCUGGACAGAAUUAAAUUCAAAUAUUAUCCAUUGGACACAUAAGAGUAAUAUGGGUCCAUUGAAACGAUUCGAUAUCGAAGUUAAUCGAGAAUUGUAUAGUACCGUUUCCCUGCCCGUGAGAAUACCCAUUUUGGCAAGUUCAUCGCCAAUUGUUGUCGAUCAUCCAUGUCAACAUUGGAAUGGUGGUUGUUCCCACAUCUGUGUGACAUUGGGGAAAUUUGCCUCGGGUUGUCUUUGUCCUGCCGGUUUGGUAUUUCGUGAUGCCACCAAUCGGACGUGCAUUGAAGCUUUGGAUUGUGAAUUCCGUUGUAAAUCGGGUGAAUGUUUGACAAUGUCGAGAAAAUGUAAUGGCCGCAAAGAUUGUCCCGAUGGUUCGGACGAAGAGAAUUGUGAAAAUGGCAAGGGGCAUAAACCGCAAGUUAUUUGUUCCAUAGGAGAGUUUAGAUGCCACAAUGGAGAGCAGUGUGUGGAAGGUGAUCAGCGUUGUGAUGGCAAAAAACAAUGUUCGGAUGGUUCCGAUGAGGAGCAUUGUGAGAAAUUUGAUAAAUCCAAAUUCUGUCACCGCCACCAACAUGUCUGCGACAAUGGCAACUGCGUUGACUUCAGUGUCAUGUGUGACGGCUUCAACGAUUGUGGCGAUAAUUCAGAUGAGGCAGAUUGCCGACUGGCCCGUGGCAAAGAUGUUACCAGUCCAAGGCGCAUUUGUGGCCCCGAUAUGUUCCAAUGCAAUUCCGGCACUUGUUUGGCGAAAAGUUGGGAAUGCGAUGGAAAAAUUGAUUGUAAAGAUGGUUCCGACGAACAUGACAAAUGUGGCAUUCGAGAAUGUCCCCCGAACAUGCACAAAUGCCUUUUGGGCCAGUGUAUCGAUCGUCGUCUGGUCUGUGAUGGCAACAAUGAUUGUGGCGAUACUUCGGACGAAAUGAAUUGUGAUAUGUCGGCGGGUAAAAAACGUAAAAUGUCUUGCGGUGAUGAUCGCGUUCCCAUGUUUGAGUGUCCUAGUGAUCCCAAUAUUUGCCUUGAUAUGUCAGCCAAAUGCAAUGGUUCUGCCGAAUGUCCACGCGGAGAAGACGAAGUUGAUUGUGGUAAUAUUUGCAGUAUUUACGAAUUCCAUUGUAAAACUUCGAAAGAAUGCAUUCGCAACGAAUUCCGUUGUGAUCAUGAGAAAGAUUGUGCCGAUGGUUCCGACGAGGAGAAUUGUGAGCAUCGUGGGGCGUGGAAUCACACCACCAAUGCCAAACAUACCCAUGAAAUGGCUUGUGGUCCGAAAAUGUUCGAUUGUAAAGAUGGCCAAUGUGUUGAUGAGUCCAGGGUCUGUAAUGGUUUUGAAGAUUGUGAUACGGGUGCCGAUGAAGGCCCACUGUGCAAAACGGCCUGUGAUCCUCAAGCUGGUCAUCCGGUUUGUCAAAAUAAAUGCCGACCCACACCAUCGGGUGCGGUUUGUUCCUGUUUCAGUGGCUAUAAACUUGAUGCUGAUCAUCGCACCUGUGUCGAUAUCAAUGAAUGUGAAGAUUUGGAUCCAUGCGCCCAGCUGUGUGAAAACACUAUGGGUUCGUAUCGUUGUUCAUGUUUUCCUGAUUUUAUGAUGCGUCCUGAUAAGACUUCAUGUAAAUCGAUUGAAAGUGAGAGGUCAUUACUAUUCACCACCUUUGAUGAGGUACGCAGCAUGACGGAACAGCCAAUUGUUUUAAAGGUAGCCUGGAAAGCGAAUGAUUCGAAAGUUACGGGAUUUGAUAUAAAUAUACGUACACGCAAUGGAUAUUUCACCACUGAGGGUGAAAAUGUCCUAUAUAUGGUGGAUAUUGAUAGUGGUGCGAUCAAGGCGGCCUUGGAAGUUCAGAUGCCAAGUAAAGUUGCUGUCGAUUGGAUAACGGGCAAUGUUUAUGUCAUCAGUCGCACGGCACAAUAUCAAAUAGAAGUUUGUUCGUUCGCGGCGAAAAUGUGCGGUGCCGUAAUUAAAGUUCAGCCCAGGGAAACAAUAAAAACCCUCACCGUAGAUGCCUACAAUCGGAGAAUGUUCUUUGUCAUAAUGCAGGGACAAGCCUUUGGCAGUCAUCGAUCACGCAUUGCCAGCACAAGUUUAGAUGGCGGUGGUAAACGUGAUUAUCUGCUCAAUAAAGAGAUGACCUUUGUUACCACACUGGCCUGUGAUCCCUACAAGAAAAUUCUCUACUUCACCGAAUCAUUAAGUAAAACUCUACAGGCUAUUAACUAUGGAUCGGGUUCUAGCCGUACCCCCAUAACCCUAAUACAAAAGGGAAAUGUGGUUAUGCAUCCAUCCGGCUUGACAUGGUAUGAAAAUCAGGUGUUCAUUGUAAAUAUGGGUGCCCGUGAGGCGGUACGCUGUUAUGUGUAUGGAUCGAAAUCGUGCAAGGCAUUCAACUUGAAUAUUCUCAAUGCCGAGGAUAUUUUGGUGGAUGGCAUCUCCAGGCAACCGAUGAAUAGAAAUCCUUGCAGCAUGGCCAAAUGUCGUGGCAUGUGUGUCCAAACGGAAUUCAGCUAUGAAUGUAUGUGCGGUGAUUCCAUAGUCAGUGAGAGUAAAUAUUGCGAAUCGAGUAAUGAAAUUUCUUCAAGUGCUCUGCUAAGAAAUCGUUCCUCCGCAAUGGAUGAAGAUGAGAGUUCCUCACAUGUUGUACUCUUUGUUGUGCUUAUGCUGCUGGCAGCUGCAUUAACAGUUUGUGGUUUGGGGUAUUUGUAUUAUCGUCGCAAACAGCAGGGUCAACGUGAUUUUAUUCGUAACCUGCAAUUCCAGAAUCCUUUGUCGUCACUGUUGCCACAUCAGCGAAGUGCCAAGACCUCGACCUUGGACAGUGGGCUCAUCAGCAGCGGAACGGGAAGUUCGACGGGAACGACAACAGCAUCGUUCGAUGAGGACAAUGACCGGAUGUACUUUGCGUCGCAAAUUCAGAAAUUUCUACGCGGAUCAUCGUCCAACAAUAAUACGGAAAUUCUCUUGGAAACGGCCAAGCCUCAGGAAAUUUGCACCAUGGAAAAGAGUAGACAACCCCUCGCCCUUGUACCAAAUAUCAUGGUUGAAGAGCCCGACAAUGAUAUCACCCGAACAGUGGGAGAUUAUGACAAUGAUGCGAGAGCCAGGCUGGUACCCUAG